CCGCAGUUCGACUACUUCCUGUGCGAGGCGAGCAGCGACCAUGGAGGUUGAGCCUCCUCCUUUGGAGGAGCGGCGGCGGCUGCAGGAGGAGUUGAGUGAGUUCGUAGAGAGCUGCUGCCGGACUCUGGAGGAGGUGACGGCGUCCCUGGGAUGGAGCCUGGAUCAGCUGGACCCUGGGGACGAGGCGGCGGCCGAGGAUGAAAUCAUGAUAUGCCCUUAUGAUUCCAAUCAUCAUAUGCCUAAAUCAUCACUAGCAAAGCACAUGGAAUCUUGCAGAUUGAGGAAGCUGGGUUAUGCCAAAGAGGAAGAGGAUGAAAUGUACAAUCCUGCUUUUUUCUAUGAGAAUUUGAAGAUUCCUUCAGUUACUUUGAAUAAGGACUCACAGUUCCAGAUAAUUAAACAAGCUAAAACUGCAGCUGGGAAAGAUGGGGAUUGUUAUAGUCCAAGAAUGUACUCUUCAUUGCCUGUUGAAGUUCCUCUGAAUCACAAACGAUCUGUUUGUGACCUUACCCAAGCAGAUCGUCUUGCCCUUUAUGAUUUUGUCAUUGAGGAGACAAAGAAAAAGCGAUCGGGUUCUCAAGUCAUUGAAAACGACAGCGAUCUGUUUGUAGACUUGGCUGCUAAAGUCAAUCAAGAUAAUAGCCGAAAAAGUCCAAAAUCUUACCUGGAAAUCUUGGCAGAAGUGAGAGAUUACAAAAGAAGACGCCAAUCCUACAGAGCCAAGAAUGUUCAUAUAACCAAAAAGUCAUACACUGAGGUAAUUCGGGACGUGAUAAAGGUGCACAUGGAGGAGCUCAGUAACCACUGGCAAGAGCAGGAGAGAGCAGAGGAUGGUGCUGAAAAGAAUGAAGAAAGGCGGUCAGCAUCGGUAGACUCACGGCAGUCUGGUGGAAGUUAUUUGGAUGUGGAAAAUUCAAGACAUAGAAGGGCUAGGAGUAGGAGUCCACACAAACGAAAAAGAAAUAAGGAUAAAAAUUCCGAGUCGAGAAGAAGGAAAGAGAGGGAUGGAGAAAGACAUCAUAGUCAUAAAAGAAGAAAGCAAAAAAUAUAAAAAGUGUGACUGCAGUAAUUAUGCUUAUGGAGUAAAUAUGCUGAUGUUUUAAAUCUUUGCAUAGGAGAAAAUGGCUGUUAUGAUCGUGUAAUACUCAUUAUUUUAAUAAAUGCUUCAAACCAUGAA